UCCCCUCCCACCCUUCCCACCCACUCCUCCAGGUGAGGCGGUAUGUGUACAACGAUGUGGUUCGAUUGGAUGAUCUUGAGAAGCUCAUUGAUUGCUCUUAUGUUCAGCCAUACACUAUAAACAGUGCCAAAGUGGUCUUUCUGAAGCCAAGGCCUCAGUCCAGGCCUUUCAAGGGCUCUGGAAACAUUUGCCUGACCUGUGAUAGAAUCCUUCAAGAGCCCUUCCACUUCUGCUCCCUCUCCUGCAAGGUGGAACAUGUGCUAUUGCAAGGCGAGGAUCUGUCAACCAUUCUAUUCAGGUUCAAUCAGUCGGACUUCGCAUUCUCACACUUUGAGAGUUUCCGGAUGGAUAGCACCGAUCUCAUCGAGGAUGAUGGCCAGAUCACCCCGAAUUCAAUCCUGGAAGAUCCAUUGCAAUACAAGGGCAGCUCGGGCUCGAGCAAUGGCGGCAGGGGCAGUUCGCGAAGGCCUGAGGACUCUGAGGUGCCAAAGCGGAAGAAGGGUGGUGGUGGAUUGUUGCCUCAAAUAGUCCUCUCUUUGAGCAAUAGGAGGAAGGGAGCUCCUCAUAGAUCUCCUCUCUCCUGAUGCUUAAUUUCCAUAACAAUAAAACUAAGCUAUCUUUCAUGUUGUUAGGGUGUGCUGAACUUCCCACUGUACAAGUCCUGUCCAGAAAUGCCCCUAUCCAUGUGAUGGCAUUAUGGGCAAUAUCUUCUUGGUGUUUGGAUGGGUAUGAGAGCAUUUCCAUUGCUGACUAGGUGGCCACAGUAGACCAUAUUUGAGGUUCACGGUGACUACCAAUUUUGUAUUGAUGUAAUGGAAUGCAUACUUCUAUAUCUACAUAUAUUUAUAUUUAUCUGA